AUGUACCUUCUAGGUUGGUUUUCUACUGGCAAUAUGAUUAAUGCACGAGACUAUCACACAGCAUCUGUACUAUUAAAUGGAAAAGUAUUGAUUACUGGUGGAUAUGGUUUUAAUGGUUGUUUAAAUAGUGUUGAGCUCUAUGAUUCAUCUACAGGCACUUGGACAACUACUAGUAACAUGACUUAUGGACGAUAUUAUCACACAGCAUCUGUAUUAUCAAAUGGAAAAGUAUUAGUUAUUGGUGGUACAUCCAAUGAUUAUAGUUCUUUGAACAGUGCUGAGCUAUAUGAUUUAUCAACAAGUACUUGGACAAUUACUAGUAACAUGAUUAAUGCACGAGAAGUUCACACAGCAUCGGUAUUAUCAAAUGGAAAAGUAUUAGUUACUGGUGGACGCAUUGGAUUAACAAAAGUUAUAACUGAUACGAUAACUUUAAUUAUCCUUUCAAAUGCUCCAUUAAUUCAUCGUGUAAUUUUUCGUAAUAUUUAA